AUGCGGGUCCAGAAGCCCCCAGCCCUCCUCCUGCUGGUCCUGGUGGAGGCCUGGGCCGGCCCGCACUCCCUGAGCUAUUUCUACACCGCGGUGUCCGGGCCCGGCCGCGGGGAGCCCCGCUUCAUCGCCGUGGGCUACGUGGACGACACGCAGUUUGUGAGGUUUGACAGCGACUCCGCGAGCCGGAGGAUGGAGCCGCGGGAGCCGUGGAUGCGGGAGCCGUGGGUGGAGCAGGAGGACCCGCGCUAUUGGGACGUGGAGACCAGGAACAUCAAGGAAACCGCACAGGCUUUCCGCGCGACCUUGAAGAACCUGCGGGGCUACUACAACCAGAGCUGGGAGGGGUCUCACACGUUCCAGUGGAUGUACGGCUGCGAAAUGGGGUCGGACGGGCGCUUCCUGCGCGGUUAUGACCAGUUCGCUUACGACGGCACCGACUACAUCUCCCUGAACGAGGACCUGAGCUCCUGGACCGCGGCCAGCGGGGCGGCUCAGUAUUCCCGGCGCAGAUACGAGAACGUGGGUGAGGCGGAGGUGCAGAGGAACUACCUGGAGAGUGUGUGCAUGGACUGGCUCCGCAAAUACCUGGAGAAAGGGGACAUUCUGCAGCGCACAGAGCCUCCCAAGGCACACGUGACCCACCACCCCGUCUCUGCCCGGGAGGUCACCCUGAGGUGCUGGGCGCUGGGCUUCUACCCUGCGGACAUCAGCCUGACCUGGGAGCGUGACGGGGAGGAGCAGACCCAGGACAUGGAGCUGGUGGAGACCAGGCCUGCGGGGGACGGGACCUUCCAGAAGUGGGCUGCUGUGGUGGUGCCCCCUGGAGAGGAGCACAGAUACACGUGCCAUGUGCAGCAUGAGGGGCUGCCCAAGCCCCUGACCCUGAGAUGGGAGCCGCCUUCUCACACCAUCUUCAUCAUCCUGGGCAUCGCUGGGGGCCUGGUCCUGCUGGGAGCUGUGGCUGGAGCUGUGAUGUUGGGGAGGAGGCGCUCAGGUGGAAAAGGAGGGAGCUACUCGAAGGCUACCAACAGUGACAGUUCCCUGGGCUCUGAUAUGUUUCUCAAGGCUUCUAAAGCCUGA